AGGGGAUUAUCUGUUGACAGGUUCUCCCGUCACUCCCCGCGCUCUCUCUCUCUGAGCUCCCUCUCCCAUUACCUGGCUGCUGCUGCCGCUGCCACUGCCACUGACUCAGUCAUUACACGCCUGCUGCAUUGAAGGCUUCGGUGAUUUCUAGCAGCCAGCAUGCCAAGCCAGGUGAAAGCAGCCGGGGAGGAGGCUGGGGCAGAGGAGCUGACAAUCUAUCCGCCUCCUGCACCCUUGCAGGAACAUGCAUACAUCUCCAGCUUCAGCAAAUACAAUGAACUAUACCUCAAAUCCAUCCACAGCCCACAAGAAUUCUGGAUGGAAGUUGCUUCAGAAUUCUACUGGCAAACUCCCCCUUCUGGAAAGGUGAUGGAUUAUAAUUUUGAUAUUACCAAAGGCAAGAUAUUUGUGGAGUUUAUGAAAGGAGCGAAAACCAAUGUAUGUUACAAUGUUCUGGACAGAAUUGUCCUGGAGAAAAACCUGGGGGACAAGACGGCGUAUUUCUGGGAAGGCAAUGCACCCACUGAUUCCACUGCUAUCUCCUACAGCCAUCUGCUUAAACAGGUCUGCAAGUUUGCAAACGUCUUACGAAAAUUAGGGGUGAAGAAGGGAGACAGGGUGGCCAUUUAUUUGCCGAUGAUUCCAGAGUUGGUGUAUUCUAUGCUAGCAUGUUCCAGAAUUGGAGCCAUCCAUUCUAUUGUAUUUGCAGGGUUCUCCUCGGAAUCGCUAUGUGAACGGAUUAUGGAUUCCCAAUGUGAUGUCCUUAUUACAGCAGAUGGUGUGUUUAGAGGAGAAAAACUGAUCAACUUGAAACAUAUUGCAGAUGAAGCAAUAGAAAAGUGCAAAGAAAAGGCUCAGCUUGUGAAGAACUGCGUCGUGGUAAAACAUCUCACUGGCAGACUUAAAAACCAACACCGCGACAAGCUACAGACUGCGUGGAACCCUGAUGUUGACCUCUGGUUGGAUGAGCUGAUGAAUGAAGCCAGUGAGGAGUGUGAACCAGAAUGGCUGGAUGCUGAAGAUCCUCUAUUCAUUCUGUAUACUAGUGGUUCCACUGGAAAGCCAAAGGGAGUGUUGCACACUGUUGCAGGCUAUCUCCUCUAUACUGCUCUGACAUUUAAAUAUGUUUUUGACUACCAUGACGACGAUGUUUAUUGGAGCACAGCAGACAUUGGCUGGAUAACUGGCCACUCUUACAUAACCUACGGUCCACUGGCCAAUGGAGCUACCAGUGUGAUGUUUGAAGGAAUUCCUACUUACCCACAUGUGGGGAGAUUUUGGGAGAUCAUCCAGAAGUACAAAGUGACUCAGUUUUACACAGCACCUACUGCAAUCCGUUUACUGAUGAAAUAUGGGAAUGAAAUCCUUGAAAAGUAUGAUUUAAAUUCCUUGAAAGUUCUGGGAACCGUAGGAGAACCUAUAAAUUCAGAAGCUUGGCUUUGGUAUUAUAAUGUAGUUGGCAAUCAGCGAUGCCCUAUUGUUGACACCUUUUGGCAGACAGAAACUGGAGGUCACGUUAUUACCCCGCUUCCUGCUGCUACACCGUUAAAACCUGGAUCAGCUACCUUCCCGUUUUUUGGAGUUGUUCCGGCUGUUUUGAAUGAACAUGGAGAAGAACUGGAAGGAGAAGCCGAAGGUUAUUUGGUCUUCAAGAAGCCAUGGCCUUCAAUAAUGAGAACUUUGUAUGGCAAUCAUGAACGCUAUGAAAAUACCUACUUCAGAAAGUUCCCUGGAUAUUAUGUUGCAGGAGACGGGUGUAGGAGAGACAAAGAUGGCUACAUCUGGAUUACAGGAAGGAUUGAUGAUAUGCUGAACGUUUCAGGUCACCUGCUGAGUACUGCAGAGGUAGAGUCUGCACUUGCAGAGCACACAGCUGUAGCCGAGGCUGCCGUCGUGAGCCGUCCACACAAGGUUAAAGGAGAAUGCCUUUACUGCUUUGUCAUUCUAAAAGAUGGGAACAAAUUCACAGAGCUACUUGCAGAUGAACUAAAGAAACAAGUUCGAGAAAAAAUUGGACCAAUAGCAACACCGGAUUUCAUACAAAAUGCUCCAGGUUUACCAAAAACACGUUCAGGUAAAAUAAUGCGACGAGUACUUAGGCAGAUAGCUCGAAAUGAAAAGGACCUGGGAGACGUAUCCACUCUUGCCGACCCACAGAUUGUUGAAAUCUUGUUCAGCCAGCGAUGUGAAGCUGCAGCAUGAAGUGUUUUCACCAAAAAGUUGCAAUAGACAAUCGUUACAGAACGCACAAAUAUAUGGAUAUGCCACAGAUCUCUUGAAACCCGUCCACAUAGGACUGAAUCCGCCUGUUAAUGUCCAUCUUCUGGAGAUCCGUGAAUUUUUUUUAUUUUUUACCAGUUGUCUGAGAAUACUAAGGAUUUAAAUUGGUAUUAAUUUUCCUAUUUAAUCUGUAUUUUGUAAAACUGUCUUUAUCUGAUCAAUGUUAUGUUUUUCAUUCUUACCAUUGCCGUACCAAUUGCGAAAUCAAUUUUUUAAAUCCUGAUGCCAUCAUUUUUUUUUAACUUCAGUUACUGUUCAAUGUUUAUAGAAUUGAUAAUCUGAGUUAAUACUGGGUAAUGAUUUUUUGAAUUUUUACAUAUAUAUACUGUAGCUUCACUGCAUCUGAGUCAGUUGAAUAUUACAAGACUGUCCAGAAAUUUUAAUAAUUUCACUCUGUAGAUAAUUGUGAAUGUUAUAUAUGUUUUAAAGGGACAUUUCACUGCCUAAACACACACACACAAAAAAAACAUUUUCACAAUGAAAACUUGCAUGCAUUUCAUCAUGCAUUUUUUCAUUGGGGGUAUAUCUACAACCAACUUGCAAUAUCUGCAGAUCUGUUGUCUCCUGUCUUUGAAAACCCUCCCCUUCUAACCCUGUCUAGAGUUUCUGAGGCUGUCCAAUUGCAGACUUUCCACUGCAGCUCAGUGAGAAGCUUUUGCAAGGUAGGUGCUCUGAGUAAUUGCAGCAUCUUGAGUUUAGCUCCACUGAGCUAACCAAACCAGGAAGUAACAGGACCUGUUGUCUGAUUGACAGCCAGUGAGGUGUACCAAGGUUAAUUUAUAAAACUGCCAAUUUUGUAUUGAAAUCUGCACUUUUUGUAAAAUGUAAAAAAGAGGCAACACUCUACACAUAAAGCAAUACAGCAAGCUUAAGUGAGUUUGGGAAUUUGAGUGUCCCUUUAUAGAUUAACACUGUACUAAAGAAAGCAGUGUAAAAUGAAUAAGUUGCCUUCCGAUUCCUCUUCCAAAUAUUUUAAUGGUGAGAUCCAGCCUUUGUCUAACCUGCGUUGUGUCCACCAAACCACAAUAAUUACAUUUCUAGUGAACAUCACUAUCAUUAGUCAGUGAACAAACCUAUCAAGGCUGUGAAGGGACCAAUGCCACCAAUGAUACAUGACCGUAUCAAGUUAGUGCCAGCAUGUACUGCAAGAAU